AUGGCAGCUCUCAAGCAGAGUGCUCUCAAGGGUGCCUUCGCACAGCAUUUCGAGGUCGUGGCCAUCCUUGCGGGCCUCUUCGUCUUCGCGGUCCUCGUCACUCCGUCGCCGCCGGUGCAGGGCUCCCUCCGUCCCCCCAGCGUUUGUGUCGUGCCGUACGUCUACUACGAGCGGAUCGGCAUGAUACAGCCCUACCUCUUGUUCUCCAUCCUCGUCUCCGGCCUCCUCACCUCCAGCCUCAAGCGCCGCACCGCCGCGGCCGACGCGCCCACGCCGACUCCGUGGAUCCGAGCAUAUGGGAUGCUGGCUCUCCUCCUGUCGUUCGUGAGCAUCGUUCUUCUCGCGGUGCUCGAUUUCUACCUGGUGCAGGUGAAGUCUUCGACCUUCUCUUGCUGGAGCGGGGCAAGCAAGGCCUCUGCCUACACCUUCGGCACCUUCGUUGGCGUAGCGUGCGUGGCUACCUACUAUGAGCUCGCGACGGUCAUCAUGUGGGCUGCUUACUAG